GCUCCAGUCUACCUGUCCUGUCCAAAUGUGGAUCACUUCAAGGACCCAGGACCUCAGAAAUUCAAAGGCGUCAAAUAUGGAGCCAUAGUGACUCGUACCGCAUCUGGUAAACUGGAAAAGUGGGAGGAGAAGAUUUGUUCCUUGUGGCUCACGGUUUUACGUCACUGUAUGUCGACGUGUGGCUAGGCAGAGAGGUGCUGUCUCCAGCUAACGCUAGCUGAAUAGUUACUUGUUGAUAGUGGAUGCUUAACGAACACAUAAACUUUUAAUAAUGGCGGCUGACUGGGAAGAAAUUCGACGGCUUGCUGCAGAUUUUCAGAGAGCACAGUUUGCUGACACAGUGCAAAGGCUGUCGGAGAGGAAUUGCAUUGAAAUAAUUUCAAAACUGGUCCAAGACAAGAAGCUGGAUGUGGUGCACACACUUGAUGGAAAGGAGUAUAUCACCCCAGCACAAAUCAGCAGGGAGAUCCGAGAUGAACUCUACGUCCAUGGAGGGCGAAUCAACAUCGUAGACCUCCAGCAGAUUAUUAAUGUGGAUUGGGUCCAUGUUGAAAGUAGAGCAAGUGACAUUGCAAAAUCCGAUAAAGGGGUUCAACUUGUACUGGGACAACUUAUUGAUGACACAUACCUGGACCGCUUGGCUGAGGAGGUGAAUGACAAACUGCAGGAGGCUGGUUUGAUCAGUAUUGCAGAACUGUGUAAAAACUACGACCUUCCAGGAGAUUUCUUAUCUGAGGAGUUGUCAAAGCGUCUUGGGAAGCUUAUCCAAGGUGAAAUGGACCAGUACAACAGGGGGGUCAUAUUUACUCCAGCUUUUGUUGCUCGUCACAAAGCUAAGAUACGAGGACUUUUCAGCGCCAUCACAAGGCCAACACCUGUCAGCAGCAUGAUUGGAGCAUUUGGAUUUCAGGAACAUCUUCUGUACUGUGUCCUGGAGGAGUUGGUGAAUACUGGACGCCUAAAAGGAAGCGUGGUUGGAGGUCGGCAGGACAAAGCUGUGUACAUCCCUGAUAUUUAUGCCAAAACACAGAAUGCCUGGGUGGACUCUUUCCUCCAGCAGAAUGGAUAUUUAGAGUUUGAUGCGUUGGUCAGAUUGGGGAUCCCAGACUCCCCCAGCUACAUUAAGAAGCGCUUCAAGUCCAACAAGCUGCUGUUCCUCAGAGCAGCCUGUGUGGGUCAGGCUCUGGUCGACCAAGUGGAGGCCUCUGUGGAAGAAGCUGUCAAUUCUGCUACAUGGACUGACAUACAGCCGAUUUUGCCCAGCUGCCUGUCAACAGAGGACAUCGGGAUGUUGAUCAACCAGGCUAUGAGAAACACUAAUGUCCAGUCCUCUGCCAGAGUGCUGGGAGGCACAGUCGUCGUCAGUGAGAAGUUCAUCAGCAACUGCCUCUCUUUAUUCGAUGAAGCCAUGCAGCAGAAAGCUCAGAAGGAAGUCAAGAACAAUCCAGUGUUUCUGAUAACUGAAGAUGAUCUGAAGCAGACAUCCAUGCUGACAGAGAGCUCUGCACCUUCUAAAAAGGAAAAGAGAGAAGCAGAGCGCAGGAAGAAGGUUACAGAGGGUAGUGGCAGUGUGAAAGCAGGCGGAGGAGGCAACGCCAGAGAGAUCCGGAUUCGUAAAACCAAGAAGAAAGGAAGGAAAGAUGAGGACAGCGAUGAGGAAACCGGACCUUCACAGCAAAAUCGUGGCAAACAGACUGCAGCCCCCUUUAUGGCCCAAGAGGAGAUCGUGGCUGUUCUAGAGGAGAGAUUGAGUGACUGCCCCGAAGAAAUCCUCUCUGAGCUGGCAGAGCAUUUAGUAAGGCCUCUGACUAAAGCCUAUCAGGAGGUGCUGCGGACAGUGUUCAUGUCCUCCACCAGCUCUCCAUCAGGGGCCAACAAGAAGAAGAGCAUGAAGGAUCUACAGGAGGAGAUCACCAACCUGUACAACAACAUCCGACUCUUUGAAAAAGGCACCAAGUUCUUCUCUGAUGAAACCCAGGUCCACAUUGCCAAGCAUGUCCUGAAGACCCUGUGCACAGAUGUCACCAACAUCCUGGUCAACUUCCUGGCUGCUGACCUGAUGAUGUCUGUGGAGAAUCCCAGCACCAUCACCAGUGAGGUCAGAGUGAAGAUUUUGGGCAAACUGUCAGAGGAGACCAAAGGACCUCUCAUGAAGCUGCACAACUGCCUGAACAGCAAAACUAUUGAAGACUUCCUGACCAACAUAGAGACCUGUGCAGAGGUAUGUGGCUUCAUGCUAAAGAAGGGAGACAAGAAAAAGGAGAGACAGGCAGCGUUCCUGCACCGUCAGGCUCUCACUGAGCAGCUGAAGGAGACGGAGGAUCCAGCUCUGGUCCUCCACCUGACCAGUGUGCUGCAGUUUCAGGCCAGCACCCACUGCAUGCUGCACGCUCCUGGACGCUGCGUGCCUCAGAUCAUCGGCACCCUCACGGGGCGAAUACCCACAGACCAGCAGCAGCUGCUGUCUGCCUACCAGAGCCUGGUGGUGAAACAGCUGGUGAGCCAGAGUCAGAGCAGAAAGCAGGAGGCGGCCGAGGGCGAGGCCGAUAAAGCAGAGGAGCAGGAUGAGGAGGCCAGGAGCGUCCGCACACAGCUCAUGGCCCUAACACCACAAGUCAAGGAUCUGGUGCUGUCCCAGAGGAAGACGCCUUUCACAGAGGACUGAACGUUUGAAGGAUUAGAGAAAUGCAUGUCGCAACUGAUCUAUAAUUAAUCUUUUUAUGGUCUUACAUGCUCGGAUGAAUACUUUUAACUAGCUAGAUCAGCUGUUAAUACUGUAUUUUGUCCUGUAUUUUCCAUGUGGACAUAAUUCUAAAUUAUUAAAGGAAAUUCAUGUGGGAUGUCUCCCUGUAAACCCAAUUAACAUGAAAAUCCUCAAUGAGGUUCUGAUUUUCAUGCAUUCAUUAAAGCUCUCAUAUGUUCAACUUA